AUGUCGUCGGAUAUCCACCAAAUGGGAGGAUUCUACGGAGCGACAACACCACAGAACGCUUUCAAAGCUAUGAGUCAAAUGUGGCAAAUGGAUCAGUACCACCAAGGAUAUCCCAUGAAGGACAUUCAAACGCCACCCGGCUUUCCACAUCCGUUCGCUAACUUCGCUCAGCAGCUCUCCUCCAUCACCCAAACGAUGAGAGAAUCUCCUUCGUCAACCACCAGUAACCCUACCAAGAAGAAACCGAAUCCUGUUCCACCCGAGCUGAAGGACGAGGCAUACUUCGAAAGAAGAAAGCGUAAUAACGAGUCAGCCAGACGGUCGAGAGAAGCGAGACGUCAAAAGGAGGACGUGAACUUCAGGAAAUUGGAACUAGUGCAGCAGGACAACAUCCGCCUAAAAGCCGAACUGCAAAGGGUCCUAAUGGAAUUGGAAAGGCUCAAAUAUGUAGCAGCAGUGCAAGGAGUCCAACUUUGA